CCCUUUUCUUCCCUACCGUCUCCAAUUCUUGAAGCCCAUCCACAAUCUCUCACUUCCUUCCAUUUUAGCAUUUCUGAUUCUGCUCCUUUUCCUAUUUAUUCUCAGCUCCUCUUUCUCUAUCACUCUACCCCAGCCCUUUCUGCCUGAGUUAAUCGUUUGCGCCGCGAAAAGACUCCAUUUUUAUCUCUCUUUUUUUCUCAAUUUCCGCAGUCCCUUCUUCUCCAUGUUGUUUCAACUGAAAAUCUUGCUCGAGGGCUCAAUUCCCCCCCUUUGUAGUUAAUUUCAUGCUCAUAGCUAGAUUCCCAUUUAUGUUUUCAGAUGAAUUUUUCUCAGGUUUCUGACCCACACCACAGCGCCCCCCCCCCCCCCUUUUUAUCAUCUGACAUGGUUUAGUAGAUCUUCACGUCUUCAAGAUUUUCUGAGUUUCUCUGGGCGUAGAGGGUUCUUUGUAUCUCUUGAGUAUUGGGUUAUCUGUUGGUCAAAGUUGGCUUAAAAUUCUUUCUGAAUUUUGGUGUUUUUGUUGAUUUUUUUUCGGUUCGGUAUCUUUUAUCAGCUAAUCUAUACCUUAAGGUGAGGUGUUGAUGUAGUUUCUGUCGCAAAUUUUUUGUGGGGGAGUAGUUUUAGUUUUUUAAUUUAGGGUUUUAGUUGGAUUCUGAUGGCUAAGUAGUUGUGAAAAGUGGUUUCUUGAUUAUCAGCUAUGGCUGUGAAUGAGCGUUAUUUUGUGGAGUGGAAGGAGCAAUAUGUGUCGAAAGAGAGGGGCAACCGCGUGGUUCACUAUUUUUUGAAAGAUAACUCAGGGGAAUCAAUUCUUGCUGUUGUGGGUACUGAAAGGAGUGUUAGGCACAUGUUCUAUGUUGUAUCGGAUGAGUUCUUUAGCGCCCACGGGGCUGAUAACUCGGUGCAGGCCGGGUUCAGAUGGAGGUCGAGGAGGGAGGUGGUGAACUGGCUUACUUCCAUGUUAUCGAAGCAACACCGGCAAGGAGAUCGCUCAAUGUCCCCAAAAGGUAACAAUACUGCCGAAUUAAAUGCUCAGCGCACUCAGAUGCUAUCUCAUAAGGGUCGCAUUGCUAGGAAUUUGAAAGGUCAUUUAGACAUUUCAUGGUCAGGUUCAUCUUGGGCUUGUGGUAAACAAUUGAAGCAUUACUCGGAAUUUUGCAGGAAUGGGAUUUCAAUAACAGUUCAUUCGUUUGUCUUUGUAAUGGCUGAGAAAGAUAAUCGCUAUAUUGCAUAUUUGGAGGAUAUGUAUGAAGACAGAAAGAGCCAGAAAAAGGUCAAAGUGAGAUGGUUCCAUCAUAAUAAGGAGGUGGAGGGAGUUGUGGCUUUACGUAAUCCUGAUCCCAAGGAAGUCUUUAUCACUCCUUACAUACAGGUCAUCAGCGCUGAAUGCGUUGAUGGCCCAGCCAUAGUUUUAACUCGUGAACACUAUGAGAAAUGCGUGGAAGUUUUUCCACACGAUUUGUUAGGUGGACUUCAUUACUGUUUCAGACAGUUCAAGGUUAAUAGAGUAAAACAAUUCAAACUAAGUAAAUUGCGGGGAUAUUAUGAUCAAGCAAUAUUCUCGUGCUUCAGCCAUGAUUUUUUUGAGGACGACGAGUUUAGCUCUGAGGACGAUGGAAAAGUGGGAUCUAAAAGGAAUAGAAGUUCCAGAGAGGAUCAUAAAUUAGACCAAGAUCUAUCAGACAAGAAAUACGGUCCGCUGAGCAGGGAGACAAAUUUUCUCAAACAUGUUGAUGGCCAAUUUCGGCAGAGACCUUUGUUACAGAAUGAAAAGGCGGAGUUUCUUUGCCAAGACAGUGGUAUGCGUGGCUGCUGGUUCAGAUGUACAAUAGUAGAGAUCUCGAGGAGACAGAUGAAAAUUCUAUAUGAAGAUAUCAUGGAUGAGGAUAGUGGCACCAACCUCGAGGAAUGGAUUCCUACGAAUAGAGUGGCUAAGGCUGAUAAGCUGGGGAUGCGGUAUGCUGGCCGCCUCACUGUCAGACCUGCCAAUCCCUGCAACGAACAGAGCCCAACCUAUGGAGUUGGAGAUCCAGCUGACGCGUGGUGGAGUGAUGGUUGGUGGGAAGGGGUCAUCUCUGACACUAGCGAUGGCAAAAAUGGAAUCUACAAGAUUUAUAUUCCAGGUGAAAAUAUGUACCUGAUUAGUGAGGUGAAGAAUUUAAGAGUUUCAAGAGAUUGGGUUGGCGAUAAGUGGAUGGAUAUCGAGCCAAAUCCUAACAUUCUUUGCGUCAUAUCUUCAACGAGCAUUGAUACUAAGCUCUCAACUUCGUCUGCUGCUUCCAAGGAAGCCAAAUCGGAUAACUCUCCUACCUCUGUUGAUAAAUUUGUUGCCAGUAAUAAACUGUGUGUAGUUGACGAAGCAAUUCAUGAGCUAGCGGGCAUGACACUGACCAACGUCCCUCUGAAGGACGAAUGCACCGAUGCUGAGCAGCAGAAGUGUGUAGAUGAAGCCGAGGAGAAGGAAUAUUCUAACAGCGUCGAGCUAGAGAUGGAGAAAGCUGGCGGUGACUUAGGCGCUGUUAACGUCAAUGGCGACGACAACAACCUGGUGGAAUGUGAGAUUGCUGAGGUGAAAUGUGAAGCAGAAGCUACUGAGAUGCUGCUAACUGGCUGUUAGUUAAUGAAUAAAGUCUUGUUUAGGCUAUGGUAAUAGAAUUUUACUACAAUAGAUGUACAUUUAUGGUAAGUAAUUUCUUCAUGUAUAGAAAUUAGAAACAAGGCCAUCCACCACCAUUCAUGUGCACUCUCCUCUAUAUUAAUCAUGAAUUUUCUCAUUA